AUCUGGACGUAACUGCGAAGGAAAAGCCGCGGCUUGCUCUUCAAGACAACAACGUAACGCUUGAACCAGUCGCCCCUCUUCUUCGUCACCUUCGCCGCCCCCCUCCGUCGCUGUUAAGCAUCGGGCGUCGCAGGAAAAAAGGGGAAGAAUCGGGAGCUUCCGCCGUACGUGCUCCGACGAUCGGAGCUUCGUUCCGUCGAGAAUCGUGGGCAGUGCGUCGUGGGUAUGCAAGGAUCUUUGACGGAGCGAGAUUGAUCGGAGCGUUGUGGCCGCAGAGUGCUGAGGUACGACCGUUUCGAGAUUCGAAAUGGUGCGGUCUUCGUCCCCGAGAGCACCCGCGACGCCGGAAGCCGCGACCCUUUUGCCGGGCCUCCCCAAUGACAUCGGAGCCUUGGUGCUCUCGUUCGUUCCUUAUCCGCAUCAGGGUCGGCUCAAGGCAACCUGCAAGUCCUGGCGUGUCUUUUUCUCCUCCAAGAACUUGAUUUCGCUUCGCCACCGUAACCCUAAGGCCCUCUCGCACCUCCUCUGCAUCUUCCCUCAGGACCCUUCGAUCGCCUCUCCUUACCUCUUCGACCCUCACUCCCUGGCCUGGUGCCCUCUGCCUCCUCUCCCUCCCAACCCUCAUGUCUACGGCCUCUGCAAUUUUACUUCCGUUUCUAUUGGCCCCAACUUGUACGUGCUCGGCGGGUCGCAUUUCGAUGCCCGGUCCUUCCCUCUCGAUCGCCCUUUGCCUUCUUCCUCAACGUUCCGGUUUAAUUUCUUCACCAACAGGUGGGACCGGCUUGCCCCAAUGAUUUCCCCGCGUGGGAGCUUCGCUUGCGCGGCUGUUCCCAACUCAGACCAGAUUCUGGUUGCCGGUGGUGGGUCUCGGCACAACAUGUUCGGGGCGGCUGGGAGUAGAAUGAGUUCGGUGGAGAGGUACGAUAUUGAGAAGGAUGAGUGGGUUGCAUUGCAUGGGCUUCCUAGAUUCAGGGCAGGGUGUGUGGGUUUUCUGGUGAGGACCGGUGAACAUAGGGAGUUCUGGGUGAUGGGUGGGUAUGGCCGAUCCAGGACUAUCUCAGGUGUGUUUCCGGUUGAUGAGUAUUAUAGGGAUGCUGUGGUGCUUGAGUUGAAUGAUGGGGGUUAUGAUUGCGGGAAGUGGAGGGAGGUGGGGGAUAUGUGGGAAGAAGGUGAGAGAAGGAAAUUGGGAAAGAUUGUUGUUCUUGAUGAUGAUGAACGGGGCAUGCCUGGCAUAUUUAUGCUUGAUGAGAAUGAUAUCUUCAGAUAUUGCAUGACGGCGAAUCGUUGGCGAAAGGAGUCCAGUGUCCCAACAAAGGCUCCAGGCAACUCCUCGUUUGGAUUUAUUGCGCUGGAUGGGGAAUUGUAUGUUAUGACUCUUCUGAAUGGAAAUGAUUUAGCAGAAACCCGACGGUCACGAUCAUUCAAGAGGGGAGGAACUCUCUUUGUUCAGGUUUAUUGUCCAAGGAAGAAGACAUGGCGAUCUCUUGUCAGGAAGUCGCCAUUGCAUUGCCCUUUGGAUUUUAGGACUGCCGUAAUGUGCACCAUUCAUCUGUAGAGUGAAAAGUAUAGUCUGUAUUGUUUUCAAAGUCAUUCGCCGUACAUUAGCUGCCAUGGGUAGCUCACUGUAUAUGCUUAUGUAUAUGUCGAUGUACAGAUUUUGUGUCUGGAGAGGACUAGAGACUCCAAAUAAUUCCCUUUGGAAAUAACCACCGAGGAUGUACAGAUUAUUAGUUUUUCAAACGACCGAAAGCUCCAACGAUGCUUAAUGAAGCAUCAUUAGGUUCACGGAA